AGCUGUCGCGGAGAGAGAGACGCAGAGACAGGAAUGGGGGUGCAAAGCUUAGCUGGCCAGGUCUUGGCCAGCCCCUUUUAUUUGACAUCAAGAGAUGGCCCUGUAUUUCAAGAGGAAUGGGAUGUCCUGAAUGAAGGCCAAUUGGCUCUGUGUGUAGAAGUCACAAUGGAGAACUAUAUGACGGUGGACUUUCUGGAAAAUAAUGAACAGGGGAAUGAGAACUACGGGGAGCUACCUGUGUCAUCAUGGGAAAUAACAGAGCCUGUCAUGGAAAAACAGGAGUUUGGUAAUCAAAAGGGAAUGAAAACACAAAGCACAAUCCAAGUGAAAAAUGAGAAGAACUCCUCUCCCUCUCAGGAUGCUAACCGUUCUGAAUAUUGGAUCUCAGAAUCAAAUCAAAUAAAGUGCCCUGACUAUGGGAAAAGAUGCAAAUAUAAAUCACAAUUAAACAUAUACUUCAGGGUCCACACAGGGGAGAAACCAUACAGAUGUAUGGAGUGUGGAAAGGACUUCAGUCGGCGUGAACAUCUGCAUUUACAUCAAAGAACACACACAGGGGAGAAACCAUAUAAAUGUAUGGAAUGUGGAAAGAAUUUCAGUCAGAGUUCACAUCUAUAUACACAUCAAAGGACACACACAGGGGAGAAACCGUAUCUAUGCAUGGAGUGCGGAAAGAGCUUCAGUGAUAGUGGAACAUAUAAUAAACAUCUAAGGACUCACACAGGGGAGAAACCAUACAAAUGCAUAGAAUGUGGAAAGAACUUCAGUCGGCAUGGACAUCUACAGUCACAUCAAAGAAUACAUACAGGGGAGAGACCAUAUAAAUGCAUGGAAUGUGGAAAGAGCUUCAGUGAUAGUGGAACAUAUAGUAAACAUCUAAGGACUCAUACAGGAGAGAAACCAUAUAAAUGCAUGGAAUGUGGAAAGAGCUUCAGUGAAGGCAGCAAACUAAACAUACAUAAAAGAACCCACACAGGGGAGAAGCCAUAUAAAUGUAUGGAAUGUGGAAAGAACUUCACUCAGAGUGGACAGCUACAUUUACAUCAAAGAACUCAUACAGGAGAGAAACCACAUGAAUGCCUGGAAUGUGGAAAGAGUUUCUCUCGUCCGCAACAUCUACAGUCACAUCAAAGAAUUCACACAGGGGAAAAACCAUAUAAAUGCAUAGAAUGUGGAAGGAGCUUCAGACAUUCUGGAAGUCUGCAGUCUCAUGAAAGAACCCAUACAGGGGAGAAACCAUAUAACUGCAUAGAGUGCGGAAAGAGCUUUAAUCAGAGUGGAAACCUACGUUCACAUCAGAGAACUCACAAAGGUGAGAAACCCUAUGAAUGCAUGGAAUGUGGAAAGACAUUCAGUAUGAGCCAUACUCUUACUUUACAUAAAAGAAUCCACACAGGAGAGAAACCAUACAAAUGCAUGGAAUGCGGAAAGGGCUUCAGUCAGUGUGGAAAUCUACAUUUACAUCAAAGAACCCACACUGGGGAGAAACCAUAUAAAUGUGUGGAAUGUGGAAAGGGUUUCAGUCAGCAUGGAUAUCUUAGGUUACAUCAAAGAACUCACACAGGGCACAAACCAUAUAAAUGCAUAGAAUGUGGAAAGAGUUUCUCUUAUCCACAAAAUCUAUAUACUCAUCAAAGAACUCACACAGGGGAAAAACUAUAUAAGUGCAUAGAAUGUGGAAAGAGCUUCAGGCAUUCUGGGAAUCUACAGACACAUAAAAGAAGCCACACAGGGGAGAAACCAUAUAAAUGCAUGGAAUGUGGGAAAAGGUACAGUCAGAGUGGACAUCUACAGUCGCAUCAAAGGACCCACACAAAAGAGGGUGGAAAGGGUUUCUCUUAUCCACAAAGUCUGUAUUCAUUUCAAAGAAUUCACACAGGGUAGAAACCAUAUAAAUGCAUGAAAUAUGGAACAGAAUGAAUGAGGGUGCUACUACCUCCUCCCCACAAGUUAGCAGACUAAUGUGGGAGAGGCCAAAUGAUAAGACAGGUUUACAACAGGAAUGAAUGGAGUUCAUUAUGAGCAAGAUAGGGACAUGUCGUAGUAGGUGGGCAAUGGUCUCUCCUUUGGGAGAGAUGGAAGAUAAGUUCAUAGGCUUUACCUACUGCCCAAUUUUUCUUCUUGGUUUCCAAUAUGGCUCUUUUUUGUCCUGCACCCCCCUCCCUUAGAGAUAAUUUGGGGGUCACUAUAAAUUGUUUAAACAAAAAGGAGCAUGUAAGUAAUUCCUUAGUACAAAAUAUGCUGAAGCUGUGGGACGGGAUUAGUGACUGUCUUCUGAUGCCUAGGACUAUCCACCCACCCACCCACCUACCUGCAUUCAGAAUAAAGGAGUGUGCUUAUUUACUCAAGAAUCUGUAUAUGUAAACUUGAAAAAUUACCUGAGAAUAUACAUUGCAGCCUUAAAUACAUAGAUUUCUCAGGGGAGUAGAAAACGGAAAUCCCAGCUAUCUGUCAGGAGUUUCCAUUCAACAAGUUGGGAAACUUUACCUCUAAGAAUGCCUAGAGAGGCACAAGUGGAAUUUUGUCCUCUUCCUCACAUGGUGCCCAAGAAGGAGGAAUCAGGGUUCUCCAGAAGAACAGUUGCUUCUAGAUUAUAUUUAUCUGAGUCCUUCUUGAUCCACAGUUCUGUUUUCCACCUCUGGGAAAUCAGAAGCAGCCCAUUAGCAGCCUAAGUAGGACUUAGAGGUAGACUGCCCCUGAAAAUUGAGGUUCUUCUUUCUGCCUAUAAGUGAAAGCAGAAUAAAUUGUCUGGCUAGAUUAGAUCAGAGGUACAUUGCAAGACACAGUGGCUCAGCAGUUCAGAUGCUGACUGACAGUUGCAAGAUUGGCAAUUCAAGACCCAAGUGUCGCAUGAUGGAGUGAGCUGUCACUAGUCCCAGUCCCAGCUUCUGCCAAUCUAGCAGUGUGAAAGCAUGUAAAAGUACAUAAAUAGGUACCACUUUGGUGGGAAGGCAACAGCGUUCCAUGCUGGCCAUAUAUGGCCACAGAGUUGUCUUUGACAGCACUGGCUCCUUCAGCUUAGUAAUGGAGGUGAGCACUGCCCCUUACAGUCAAACACUACUGCUAGGCUGGGAGAAGUUGAGACUAGUGGUGGGAGCUCACCCCGUCACACGGCACUUGGGUCUAGAACUGCCAACCAGCUGACUUUGCAAUCAUGUCAACCUUGGGGUAGCCUUUACCUUUUACUUUACAUUUAGAGCUGAAGAAAAAUCGGUUUCUUUUUAAAUAUAUUUGUUUUAAAUGUUCUUAAUGUGUAAAUUGUAUUUAAAAAAUGUU